GUAGUCUCGUUAAGAUGAAAUCAGGCAAAGCACAUCGUAACUUAAGAUGGGGUGUAAACAUGGCCACAGUACCUCCUAAACCACCAUAUAUGCCAUUUGCUUGACAGUGCAGUGGAUGGUUUCUUUGGUGAGUCUUGAGGACUAGUAUUUUGAGCAGGCAGUUAAUAAUUAUACCAAACCAAGCACUAUUAAAGCAGGCUCCUAGAGUCAUUUUUAAUUGGCUAAAAGGAUAGUUCUCCCACCCCCUCAUCCCCCCCAAAAAACAAUUCUGUUUCAGGCCUCUUCUCAUCUGCCUCAGCAGUUGAAGUUCACCACUUCCGAUUCCUGCGACCGGAUCAAAGAUGAGUUCCAGUUGCUGCAGGCACAGUAUCACAGCCUGAAGUUGGAAUGCGACAAGCUGGCCAGCGAAAAGUCGGAGAUGCAGCGCCAUUACGUGAUGUAUUACGAGAUGUCCUAUGGCCUCAACAUCGAAAUGCAUAAGCAGGCUGAAAUUGUCAAGCGGUUGAAUGGCAUUUGUGCCCAGGUUUUGCCAUAUCUGUCGCAAGAGCACCAACAGCAGGUCCUGGGAGCCAUCGAGCGUGCCAAACAAGUGACGGCUCCUGAACUGAAUUCCAUCAUCCGGCAGCAACUCCAAGCCCACCAGCUCUCUCAGCUGCAGGCGCUGGCCUUGCCCCUCACCCCGCUCUCUGUGGGGCUGCAGGCCCCCUCCCUGCCCGCCGUGAGCGCCAGCACCGGCCUGCUCUCCCUCUCGGCGCUGGGCUCCCAAGCCCACCUCUGCAAGGAAGACAAGAACGGGCACGACGGAGACGCCCACCAAGAAGACGACGGGGAAAAAUCUGACUAGGUGGAUCUCGUCCAGUCCGGGGGUGCGGUGGGCAGCGUGGGGCGAUCCUGGGGUGGUGGUGCAGAAGAUAACCGCGUUUAAUCCAAUUCUCGGGGGUGGCGGGCAAACUACGGUUCUUCAAAGGGUGGGUUGAGACAAAAUUGCAGCAAUAACAUUUUAGCCCCCUCCUUUUCCUGCCCCUCCUCCAUUCCAGCCCCAUAACAGGCAUGAAUUGGGGGCCUUUGCAUCCUUUUUUUGAGGGGGUGGGCCUCCCCCCCCCUUUCUGUCUCCCCUCCUCCCUUUAAAUUCAUUCCGAAAGGUUA